GUAGAAAAAGUAGAAAAAGAAGCUCGUUUAGCCCAAACAGAGAGUUUAUAGUUAUAUAAAACUGACAGACCUCAGAGAUGAAAAUAUAUUUACGUCAUUUAAUAACUGAUGAUGAAGCAGAACGAGUCUGAUGGAGGAUAUGAGACAGAACGGAAAAGGAAAUGAGACGCGUCAGAAGAGACGUGAAGAGGAAAACUGCGACUGAACGAGCUUCAUUAUUCAUUAGUUCAUUAGUUUAUUAGUUCAUUAGUUCAUCAGUUAAUUAGUGACGGAGAGGAGAGAUUAUAGUUCCUCUCAGUGUUUUAUCUCCUCCAGACUUCACCAUGUUCUCAUGUUUUUAUGACGCUGAUCGACCGGAUGGAAACAUUAAAGUUUCAUCAUCACAUGAAUUCUGCACCGACAGGCAUGGAUUCUGAUCACAGUGAACCUGGAGUCUUCUACCAGGCCAUGCCUGCUGUUGGAGCUGAUGGACAGAACAUCAUGAAACUGAUUCCUGUACAAAAACUCAACGCUGUCACCAUAAAUAUUGAUGGGACGGUUAAAAAUGGAGCUAUGAAGCAGACCCCCCUCAGGAAGACCUCCCCUCAUCAAGGAGGUCUGGAUCUUGGUCAUUCCCUCAACAAGCCUCCACUACAGCAGCAGCUUGUGAAGAUAAAGAGUCCAGAAGCUCUGAUGGUAACACCUGAACCAACCAGUGGGACGUCAGGAAGACCUUCAGGUCUCCUCCCAGUCACAGCAACAUCUCUGUCCCUCCCCAGAGGACAGACCCUGCAGACCCCCCCUAAUGCUCCAGUCAGGAGAGUCCCAGUAUCUCAACAGCUUCUGGGUCUCAAGAACCAGAUUAGUGUUCCAUCAGCCAGUUCUUCUGCAGGUUCCUCUGUCCAUCCAGUGGUUCCUCCACAGAGUCCUGCAGCUCUUCAGCUCUUCACGUUGCUUGGUAAGACAUCAGAUGGGACUUUGUGUGGAGCUCCAUCCAAAGGACCACAGCCACAUUUAAAAUUAGUCCCAAAGGUUUCACAAAGACCCAACAGCCCCGUAAAGUGGGUGAUUGAAGAAGAGGACGGCUCAGCAGCUCCGACUCCUGUUCCUGUCAGAUCUUCAAUGACUUCAGAGAUUCUAAGAGUUGUUGCAGAGAGAGAAAACGCUACGAAGAAACCAGUUUCUGGGUCCAGUCAGGUCACAAGUGGUCAAGGAGAGAAGAACCCCGUGGUCAAGAGCAAAGGAAAGAGUUGUUUGGUGGCUAAAAAAUGCAGCAAACCAUCUAAAAUGGGAAUAAAAGACUCAACCAGAGCAGCAAGAAAAAGUUCUCGAUCAAAGAAACCCACGAAACCUUCAUCCAAACAGUCCCUGGAGCAGAAACAGCAAGACCUCACAACUCUCCCUCCAGAUGAAGAUCAUGUGUUUGUGUCAAAACAAGACUUGAGACUAAAAACACAAAAGGAACUUGUGAAGGAAACAAACCAGACGGACACCAGCAGACUGAGAUUCUCUGCAUCACAAACUGAAAACACUCAAACUGGAGACCUCUACCAGGUGAUGCCUGCUGUUGGAGCUGAUGGAAAGAACAUCUUGACACUGAUUCCAGUACAAAGACUCACCGGCCAGUUAGUCACAUCUCAAAGAAGCCAACCCAGAACAGAUCCUCCUCCACAGAAAGCUGGAACCAUAAAUAUUACCCCAGCAGCUGAUGGGAUGGUUAACAAGGGAGCUAUGAAGCAGAUCCCCCUCAGGAAGACCUCGCCUCAUCAAGGAGGUCUGGAUCUUGGUCAUUCACUCAACAAGCCUCCACUACAGCAGCAGCAUGUGAAGAUAAAGAGUCCAGAAACUCUGAUGGUAACAUCUGAACCAACCAGUGGGACGUCAGGAAGACCUUCAGGUCUCCUCCCAGUCACAGCAACAUCUCUGUCCCUCCCCAAAGGACAGACCCUGCAGACCCCCCCUAAUGCUCCAGCCAGGAGAGUCCCAGCAUCCCAACAGCUUCUGGGUCUCAAGAACCAGAUUAGUGUUCCAUCAGCCAGUUCUUCUGCAGGUUCCUCUGUCCAUCCAGUGGUUCCUCCACAGAGUCCUGCAGCUAUUCAGCUCUUCACGUUGCCUUGCAAGACAUUAGAACGAACUUUGUGUGGAGCUCCAUCCAAAGGACCACAGCCACAUUUAAAAUUAGUCCCAAAGGUUUCACAAAGACCCAACAGCCCCGUAAAGUGGGUGAUUGAAGAAGAGGACGGCUCAGCAGCUCCGACUCCUGUUCCUGUCAGAUCUUCAAUGACUUCAGAGAUUCUAAGAGUUGUUGCAGAGAGAGAAAACGCUACGAAGAAACUAGUUUCUGGGUCCAGUCAGGUCACAAGUGGUCAAGAAGAGAAGAACCCCGUGGUCAAGAGCAAAGGAAAGGCUCGUUUGGUGGCUAAAAAAUGCAGCCGAACAUCUAAAAAGGGAAUAAGACGCUCACCCAGAACAGCAAGAAAAGGUUCUGGACCAAAGAAACCCAUGAAACCUUCAUCCAAACAAUCCCUGGAGCAGAAACAGCAAGACCUCAUAACUCUCCCUCCAGAUGAAGAUCAUGUGUUUGUGUCAAAACAAGACUUGAGACUAAAAACACAAAAGGAACUUGUGAAGGAAACAAACCAGACGGACACCAGCAGACUGAGAUUUGUUGCAGAGAGAGAAAACGCUACGAAGCGCAGUGUCAAAAGAGUCAAAGUAUUAACUGGACCAGAACUGUCCAAAGACUCUCCCAGUCUAGAUACUGGACAGACAGAGGACCCUUCAGGUAACACAGCAGGUGAUGUUAGAACUGAUCCAGACACCAGCUACCUGGAACCCUUAGAGGAGGAUCUACUCAGCACAGAUGAAGAGGACAUCCCACAGGAGUCACAGGACACAAAGAGUCCGACUUUAGUGGAUCUAAAAACAAAAACAAGGAGAAACAGGAAGCGGGCCGUGUGUCCAUGUUGUGUCUCUGGUUCUCAGGAUCCUGAUGAUCCAGAGAAACAAACAGGUAGAAAGAGGAGAAAAACAAUAAGAAAACAGGACAAAUCUUCUGAAAGGGUUAAUGGUCAAACAGCCAAACACACUAAGAGCAAACACAGCUGUAGGAGUUGUGGAGGUCCAGCUAGUGACGGUUUAUCUUCAUCAUCCAAACAGUCCCUGGAGCAGAAACAGCAAGACCUCACAACUCUCCCUCCAGAUGAAGAUCAUGUGUUUGUGUCAACACAAGACUUGAGACUAAAAACACAAAAGGAACUUGUGAAGGAAACAAACCAGACGGACACCAGCAGACUGAGAGUUGUUGCAGAGAGAGAAAACGCUACGAAGCCCGAUGAUGUCAUCUCAAAACCAGUUUCUGGGUUAGAAAGUGGUCAAGAACAGGAAAACCCCGUGGUCAAGAGCAAAGGAAAGGGUCGUUUUGUGGCUAAAAAAUGCAGCAAACCAUCUAAAAUGGGAAUAAAAGGCUCACGCAGAACAGCAAGAAAACGUUCUGGACCAAAGAAACCCACGAAACCUUCAUCCAAACAGUCCCUGGAGCAGGAACAGCAAGACCUCACAACUCUCCCUCCAGAUGAAGAUCAUGUGUUUGUGUCAACACAAGACUUGAGACUAAAAACACAAAAGGAACUUGUGAAGGAAACAAACCAGAUGGACACCAGCAGACUGAGAGUUGUUGAAGAGAGAGAAAACGCGACAAAGCACGAUGAUGUCAUCUCAAAACCAGUUUCUGGGUCAAAAAGAACAGCAAGAAAAAGUUCUGGACCAAAGAAACCCAUGAAACCUUCAUCCAAACAGUCCCUGGAUGAACAGCAAGACCUCACAACUCUCCCUCCAGUUGAAGUGAUUUACCUGAAUGAUGAAGAUGCUGACGAAGACUCGUCCGUUCACAUGGAAGCAGUCACUCAUGCAGAUGAAGAUAAUGUCAUAUUUGUGUCAUAUAUUCCACCAAAAUCUGAGUCAACACAAGAUCUGAGACUAAAAACACAAACGCCACUCCUAGAGGAAACAAACCAGAAGGACAGGAACCGUCCAGACUGUGAGACAGAAUCUCAGAACCUGGCUAGUAAAACUAGCGCUCCUAGAAGAAGAAAAGAUGGCGUCAACACAGUCAAAGAUGUUGUUGUUUGCAGUUCAGCAGUGAUAAACAUGAAUAACAUGAACAGUCAGCAGAAAACCUCCAGCCAGCAGCUGGAGAGCAUCGAUGUAGAUGCAGAAACAGAAAGUCCAGCAGGUCCUGUCAGAUCUGGACUACGUUCUCAAAAAGAGAAGAGCACCUACAAAGUGGAGAGAGAAUCUAUGAGUCCCACAAUAAUCAGGACGUUUUCACUGGCUCCAGAAUUCUGUCCAACAGCUGAUGAUCUGCUGAGACACAUGUUUGGGCUGACAGCAGACGUGAAGAUUCACCUGCAGAGGAUUGAUGACGCUUCAGCCGGGUCUGUACCUGGGUCUGCACCUGGGUCACUACCUGGGUCUGGACCUGGGUCUGGACCUGGGUCUGGACCUGGGUCUGUACCUGGGUCUGUACCUGGGUCUCUACCUGCAGAACCUGUGAAGAAUGAGUCCAGGAGUCCAGAGGAGACUCACCUGAAACCAAGGAGCAGGUUGAGAAAAAGAGAAACCGACGGCUGCUCUGGUCUCAUCACUGUCAAAAGAGUCAGUAAGCGUCAGAGUCAAGUAUUAACUGGACCAGAACUGUCCAAAGACUCUCCCAGUCUAGAUACUGGACAGACAGAUGACCCUGCAGGUAACACAGCAGGUGAUGUUAGAACUGAUCCAGACACCAGCUACCUGGAACCCUUAGAGGAGGAUCUACUCAGCACAGAUGAAGAGGACAUCCCACAGGAGUCACAGGACACAAAGAGUCCGACUUUAGUGGAUCUAAAAACAAAAACAAGGAGAAACAGGAAUAGCACCGUUUGUCCAUGUUGUGUCUCUGGUUCUCCUGCAGCCAAGAUGGAUGAACCAGAGAAACAAACAGGUAGAAAGAGGAGAAAAACAAUAAGAAAACAGGACAAAUCUUCUGAAAGGGUUAGUGGUCAAACAGCCAAACACACUAAGAACAAACACAGCUGUAGGAGUUGUGGAGGUCCAGCUAGUGACGGUUUAUCUUCAUCAUCAUCUUCUUCUUUGGACUGUCAUGAAGAAAUCAGGAGACUCAAAGAGCUCCUGAGAGAGAAAGACGCAGCGUUGGAACUGUUGAGGAACACCAGGAGAUAAAAAACAACAACAUAGUUAUUUUUAUUUAUAGUCGAUGUUAUCAUUUAUAUUUAUUUUUUAUUGAAGUUGACGAGGACUGACACAAGUACAGGUGCUUCUUAAUAAAUUAGAAUAUGAUAGAAAAGUUUAUUUAUGUCAGUAAUUCAAUUAAAAUUCAACUUAAAUGCUGCAGGGGCCUCAGUUUAUCAUGUUGACUAGCACAGGGCCACAUAUUGGAGCAUCACUUCACCAGAUAUGAUGAAACUGACAUUUAAAUAUGUUUACAGUGCAGUAACUUAACAUAUUUCAUGCUCUAAUGCAUGUUUAACAGUAUAAAUAGGAAUACAAAAGGUUUGAAGCAAAUAAAAUGUGAUUUCUUUUUGUUUCAGUUCAAGAACAGCAGACCAACAUUAAUAACAAGACGUAAUUUUGUGCAUUUUUACACUGCACUUUUCAUGUGAAAACAUUUCAUGUCUUGAUUUAUUUAAUUUAUUCUAAUUAUAAUGAUUAUGGCUUACAUUUAAUAAAGACCUAAAAUUCAGUGUCCCAAAAAACGUUUAAUAUUACAAAAGACCAAUUUUAAAAAGUAUGUUUGAUAUGGAAAUGUUCUCUGAAAAGUCUGUCCAUUUAAAUACUUUUGGCCAUUGAAGCUAGCUGGGGAUAGCUGCAGACAG